UGCCUCAGCCUCCCGAGUGCUGGGAUUACAGGCGUGCGCCACCACGCCCGACUUUGGGGUUUUCAUAAUUACCUGUCCGAAGGGUCAGGCGCAUCUGUUUCUCCAUCUCUUGUUACAGUUCCUCUUUCCGCACUGGAAACUGCUCCUCCCAGUGUGACAUCAACACAGAAACCGCACCUUUCUCCUUGACUUCUUUAGGGCCUUUACAAAGCGGGGGAGGUGUAAGGAACCUCCAGGGUUAUGGACUGUGCGCUUGAGAUUUGAUUAGACACAGUCUUUGUGCAACUAUUUAACUUGAAACAUUGGCGGCUUUCUCAGCUCUUGUUUCCUGACACAGGAAAUUCUGUACCAUCCAAGGAUUGACUUUCAAAGAUUCUUGCUCAUUACAGGCCAGCUGUUCAGACCUCCAACUGGCCAUGUGGUGAGCUCAAGGACAUCAGUGGGUAGGACGACAGCCACUGGAGAGCUCGACCUGUCCGUUCACACGUGUUCCCCCGACUCCAGCCUGGCAGGAUGGUGUCACAGUCCAUGGGCUGGCAGGAUUUUCCUGUGGUCUCCUGGGAAGGGAUCAGCCGUGACUCUGGAGACACCGACAGUUUGCCCAGCUUCCAGGAUACAAGGCCCUCUCCUUGCCAAUUAGAUAUCAGGUUCGCAAGGCACAAAGCCGCCUGGAUUAUUCCCCCGUGCAUGCGGCAGCCUCUGAAGGACUUGGGCCCCCAGCUGCCAACAGCAAGGCACAAUGGGAAGCACUUCGUGGCCCAUGCUGACUCUCCCUUGAGCCCUUCACUGCUGUCCCUCAUUGACCUGGCAGAGACGUCAUUAUCUGAGGAUACCACAGACUCUGACAGCACAAGCAGUGCUCCCGGCUCAGGGGAAAAGAAUAGCAGCUUCUCCUUGACCUCCACAGAGGAGUUGGAGAAGCUCGCAGGACAGCCUCAGCAGGCAUCUCUGUCCACAGGCUCCAACAGUUUGGCCACUUCCCCUUCGCCCGAGGUUGACGGUGCUGUGUUUGAGUCUUCCCACUUGAUGGCUUCUGAGGACAAAGGUGCUGUGCAAGGCAGUAGAGGAGCCAUUUCUUUGAAUUCCUUCUUACCUGAUGUAUUCGUGCUGCCUGUGGACACAGAAAAGGAAAAUGCCCAUUUUUAUGUUGCAGAUAUAAUUAUAUCAGAAAUGGAGAAAAUGAAGUGUAGCAUCCUGAGUCAGCAGCAGACACAGAUCUGGGCCCCAGAUGAAGCCCGCGGGUCACUUGGGAAUGACCAAGCUGACUCUGAAGCUGCCUUUUACACCCACAUGGACCAAAAGCCUGGGUCUUCCUCUUCUUCAGAUAGUGGCUACGAAGGCAAGUUGGGCAAAGAACCUGGAGAAUUUAAUGAGAGCACAGAAACCCAUCGAUGUUCCUGCAGCUCCUCUACAAGUGUUGCUUAUGAUCCAGACUUCAAUUCUGCUGAGCGAUUAGCCAAAGAGUUGUACCAAGUAUUCCAGAAGUGCUGGAUAUUUUCAGUAGUCGAUUGCCAGCUGGCAGGUUCCCCGAAGGCAGCCAGUUCAAUAGUUGUAAAUGAAGAGCAUGUCCGAAAAGACUUUGAAUCCAGUAUGGAUGUACAGGAAAUUAAACUUAAGUCUAGGAUUGGAGGGACUGAAGACUGGGUGCCCCCUAGAUUUCAAAUCAUAUUUGAUAUCCAUCCACCACUCACGAGAGAGCUGGGGGUAGUAAACCAGAAUUUCUUCUGUGCCGGGUGUGGAACUCCAAUAGAGCCUAAGUUUGUGAAGAGGCUCCGGUACUGCGAAUACCUGGGGAAGUAUUUCUGUGACUGCUGCCACUCCUACGUGGAGUCCUGCAUCCCCGCGCGCAUCCUGAUGCAGUGGGACUUCAGGAAGUACUAUGUCAGCAAUUUCUCCAAACAGCUGCUCGACCACAUAUGGCACCAGCCCAUCUUCAGUCUGCCGAGCAUCAGCCACAGCCUCUCCACAAAGGCCAAGGAACUGGACAGGGUGAAGGACAUCCAAGAGCAGCUCUUUCAUAUCAAGAAGCUCUUGAAGACUUGCAGGUUUGCUGACAGCAGCACAUUAAAGGAGUUUGAGCAGGUGCCCCAACACUUGACGGAUGAGCUCCACCUGUUUUCCCUAGAGGACCUCGUCAGGACCAAGAGAGGGCUGCUGGCGCCCUUGCUCAGGGACAUUCUGAAAGCUUCCCUGGCACAUGUGGCCAGCUGUGAGCUGUGUCAAGGGAAGGGCUUCAUUUGUGAAUUUUGCCGGAGUACGACUGUCAUCUUCCCGUUUCAGACUGCAACAUGUAAAAGAUGUUCAGUGUGCAGGGCCUGCUUUCACAAACACUGCUUCCAGUCCUCGGGCUGCCCCCGGUGUGCGCGCAUCACAGCGCGGAGGAGACUUCUGGAAAGUUUGCCCUUGGCAGCCACGUGAUGCCCCAGUCUUGUGAAGAAGACUGCCCCACGCAUCUUAUAAGACAACGAGUUCUGUUUUAGGCAUCAAGAGUCUCCUCAUUUUAUAUAUUUGAUGUUUUGGGAGAAUUCAGUCUUUGUUAUUAAGUAGAGUCAUUUCUUUUUCUUUUUUUUUUUUUGAGUAGAGUCUUUUCUAAUAGUGUUGUUUACAAAUGUUUGAUAUAUUUGCUGCUACUGGUCUUUUUUUAAAGUUUUGUUUUGGAUACUUCUUAGAUUUUAUUGGAACAGUUGUAUUUAGCUAAUUUCUGAGCCUCCUCUCUUUUUUAUAAGUUGUAACUGACAAGAUGAAUUAGUUCUUCCUUUAAAACUCAUUUGUUAAAAUUAGUGAUUUCGUGAACAAAAAUGCAACCAGAGAUCUGUUUGUGCAGGCUUUUUCCCUUCCGGAAGCAGACUUCUACUUAAGUACCACUUUGUGAUUGUGUUGGCCUUCUACUUUUAUUCCCCUUCUGCAGUUACAUCUAUUUCAAUGUGAAUUAGUCUCAGCACGGCAUAAUCCAGAAGUAUAAUUUAAAGUAGCUGCCUCUAGAUGGCGCUGUUUCAGAUGGCGUACAUCCAGCCUGUAUUUGUUAACGCUCUGUCCCAUCUGUCUCUCCCUCAAGGGAGGCAGAGGUAAAUAGAACUUCACCCUUUGCCUCAUAUAUAUAAAAAACUGAGCAAAAUGAGAAAAUGAAAAAAUGGAAAUGAAGUGUCUAUA